AUGAAACAGAUAGAAGGUGAAGAUUAUGGAGAAAUUAACAACAACAAUCAGUCGAUUGAUGUUCUAGUGAAAACCAGAUAUAAACAAUUAGUGGAAAAGGGUUCGUAUGAAAUUGGUGUUGAUCCAAAUAUUAAUCCCGAUUUACCACCAACCUGGUUUGAUAAACAACGAUUUAUAAGAUCACAGAAAACUGCGGAAAAAUAUUCAUUAAGUCUUAAAUUUGCUUCCUUUUGUGGUUUAUUACUUGGAAUUCAGAUUCCAACAUUUCUGGAGCCUCUUCUGGUCACUGGUCAUCAUGAAAAUGUUGCUAAAUUAUUUAAACGUUACCUGGAAACGUCGAUCAAAGUAUCUUCAUGGUAUACAAGUGAUCCUUUUGAUGAAUCAAGUGCCUCUUAUAAAUCAUUACGAGUUGUCCGUUCGAUGCAUAAAUCAAUCUAUAAACUAAUGAACAAUUUAACUGAUCGACAAUCAGGUCGAGAUCGUCUUUGGGUAUCACAAUUUCAAAUGGCGCUUACUCAGGCCGGAUUUUUCGGCCUUCUCAUUUUAUACAGUAAAGAUUGUGGAGCCCACGGGAUAACUGAUGAUGAACUCGAAGAUAUUAUUUAUCUGUGGCGGGUUUUAGGUUAUCUUAAUGGAAUCCAAGACAAGUACAAUCUCUGCUCAGGAGGAUUAAAGGAAACUCAAGCUUAUCUACUUCAUAUAAACAAACAAUUCAUUGAACCUCAAAUUAAUCCGAUUCCAGCUCAUCCAUAUCCGAUUGGCCAUCAAGUUGCCCAGGGAAUCUCAGAUGCCUUCCGUCCAAUGCAGCCCAAUAUUAGAUAUCAUGUCUAUCUAACCUAUUGGUACAAUAUUAUCGGUAUUCCCUUACCUCCCACUUUUGACCUUACCUGGUUCCAUCAAAUCCUCUUGGUUCUGAUGAAGUUUACCUUUCAAAAGCUUUUGGGUUUCAGGUUAAUCUACAAUUUUCUUAAUUGGAGGACAAAACAACGACUAAUUUGGGCAGAAAAAAAUUGUUCACAAAUUGAGAAACGAUUAGCUGACCAGUAUAACGAUAAAUUAUUCAAACCAUCAUCUUGUCCAUUCAGUGUCACCUUAGAUUCACUGACUCAUCAUGUGGUUACCCCUCAUGAGAUUGAUAAUCAACAAUUAGAUGAUAAUCAUAAUGAUCCAUUGCUCAAAUCAAAGUAGUUUAGCUUUGAUCAAUUAAUCUCUAAUAAUUCACUAAUAAUUAUUGCAAAUAUAAUGUAUUAAUUGAUAUUUAACUAAUUAUUUGCUCAAAGAUAAAUUCAUAUUAAUCAAUUGA